AUGGUAAGUGGAGAGAGAAACUCUACGGUGGAGGAGAUUGGGAUUCUGGCCGGAGGCAGCCCGCCUGAUCGCGCAAAGCAGAGGCUCAUUACGGAUUUCUUGCAGCCCGACCUACCUCUUGGAACAGGUUGCACGCCUGCACCUGCUGUGCCUAUUGUGGAUGUUUGCAAUACUGGCUUUUCUUCCCUCCCUAAGAAAUCCUACUCUAAGGCGGUUGGAGGCGUUCUCCCUGAUGUUGCCGACCUACCUGACCCUAUUCAUGCCGGAAAUCUCACUAAAAUCGUGAUUCCCCAAGAUGCCUAUGAGGAACGUCUUCUCCGAUAUCGCUUUGCUUUGGUGGCCAGAAUAAAUUUUCGGUUUAUUUCUUUGGAUGAAGUUCGGAAGGAAGCUGUGAAUUCUUGGAACCUUAAAGAGAAGGUUUUUAUCAAACCUAUGGGAUUAGUCCUAUCAAGNGCACCUGCUGUGCCUAUUGUGGAUGUUUGCAAUACUGGCCUUUCUUCCCUCCCUAAGAAAUCAUUCUCUAAGGCGGUUGGAGGCGUUCUCCCUGAUGUUGCCGACCUACCUGACCCUAUUCAUGCCGGAAAUCUCACUAAAAUCGUGAUUCCCCAAGAUGCCUAUGAGGAACGUCUUCUCCGAUAUCGCUUUGCUUUGGUGGCCAGAAUAAAUUUUCGGUUUAUUUCUUUGGAUGAAGUUCGGAAGGAAGCUGUGAAUUCUUGGAAACUUAAAGAGAAGGUUUUUAUAAAACCUAUGGGAUUAGGCUACACUUUAUUCCAAUUUGAGGCUGAGAAAGACAUGACAAACAUCUGGAAACAAAGUCCUAUCAAGAUCGGACGGCAGUUUAUUCGCUUCCAGCGGUGGAAGCCGGAUUUUAAUAUCCAUGAUAACUCUCCUAUUUCUAAGCUUGUCUGGAUUCGAUUUCCUGGGCUCCCCUUCGAAUAUUGGCACGAGCGGAUCCUCCUUUCCAUGGCAAAAGCCGUGGGGCGUCCCCUGGACAUUGAUAAAAGAACACGAAAUGCAUCCAUAGGGAACUUUGCUCGUGUCCUCGUGGAGAUGGAUACUUCAGUACAGCGGUUGGAAGAAAUCCAGGUUGAACGGCGACAACCUGGAACAGGUGAUCUUUUUUGGUUCAAACAAAAAAUCAUAUAUGAAGACGCUUUGGGAAAGUGUGGUUUUUGUAAAAAACUUGGUCAUACCAUCCAAAACUGCAAAGAGAAACGCAUCGCCGAUGCCGCACGCAAAGACAAGGAUGAUGCUUGUGGUGUUGUAGGGGCUGUUUGGGUGGAGAAGUCGUCUUUGGGGGCGGCUGGUGUGGAGAUUUCCGGCAGGAAUGGUGGCGAGCCCUCAAUAGGAAAGAAUUCAAAUUCAAAAUUGCCAACCAUCUCCCAUAAUUGUGAUCCAGCUUUGUAUGGAAACUUGGAUACGCAAGAGGGGAUUUUAGCUAUUGAGUUACCUAUUUUAGAAGGAUUUUCCUCAGCCAAUUUGAGGAAUAAUUCAAUUGCAGAUCGAUUGGAUGACCCAUGCAACAGAGAUGGUUCAGUUCCUUUACACGGGUCAAACAAGCCCAAUAUGGUGAACCAAACCACUGAGACUAACUCAAUUACAGAACAUGGCAUUCUGGUUUCUCCAGGUUGUGCGGCUAAUCCAGUUCUGAUUUCUGGCUCUUGUCAACUCUCUGUCCACCGUGAUCACGUGAUAAAUUCCAUUACUUCAAGUGCUAUGGAUAAUGGUCAUCUCACCCUCCACUACCCGGAAGUUGGCGCCAUUGAUGCUGCUGCCCUCCAGAAGGAACAAUGCCACGGCAUGGAAACAGUUUCAAGAAAAAAAGAGGGAUGAAGAAGGCUGCUGGUCGUGCAACUCUCAGUAAUAUUCUCCUAGACAAGCACCCUGAUGUGGUUUGUAUAGCUGAACCAAUGGUGGAGGUAGCUGCUUUCCCUUAUUUAUUUUUUAAUAAACUGGGAUAUGAUGCAUGCUUUAUUCAUAAUAUUCGCACUGAUAAAAACCCAAACCUAUGGGUCAUUUGGAAGAGGUCUCUCACCAAACCAACUAUUAUUUCCAUGUCUGACCAGUUUAUUUCACUGUGUAUAAAUUGGAGAAACAAUUCUAUUUACAUAA